AUGGUAGCUCAAAAAAAAUCUUUUGAUUAUUCUAAUUAUAUUAGAAACAAACGACAGCAAACCGAAUUAAGCAAAGCAGAACAAUUGAAGGUCCAGAAAAGCGAAGAAGCAUUAGAAUUUCAAACAAAGAAAGACAAGAAGGAAAGUGAAUUAUACGCCAAAACAGCUAAAAAGAGGGCUGCUAGACAAAAGAAAUUGAAUAAGUUAAAGAAGGCGAAAAUAAAUAAGCCUGAACUUACUAACGAAAAGUAG